CUCGUAGAGGCGUAGCGUGUAGGGCAUUAUUUGUGUGAAGUGUAAAAUACUGCCGGUAGAACAUCUAGUACUGUCGCUGAGAGGGCGGGCUCAUUCCCCUAUAAGCCUCUUCACAGGUUGCAUUCACCUGUGAGACUAUCUGAAGUCACACACGUACGGACGGAUUCAUGGUUAAACACAUGAGAGGAACGAUCAACAAAAGGGAAAUAUUGGGAACACUGGUGUGUGCGAGUGAUGAGAUGUCAACUUUAGAGGAUAUUUUUUCCACUAACCAGUGUCCAACUGCUGUCUUUACCUCCAAGGGCACUGAUGUCACUCCAAAUUGUGACCGGGGAGUAUUUAAGAUUGUGAAACAACAUGGUGUGGAGGGUGAAAGGCCAAUGAUUGGCGACAAGGUGUGUGUCCACUACACAGGCAAACUCCUCAAUGGGAAGAAGUUUGACUCCAGUUUUGACCGCAAGGAACCUUUUGUUUUUAAUGUGGGCAAAGGUCAGGUGAUAAAAGGGUGGGACAUUGGUGUUUGUUCCAUGCAGAAAGGAGAAGUGUGCUUGCUGCUCUGUAAGCCUGAAUAUGCAUAUGGUUCAUCUGGAAGCCCCCCUAAGGUCCCUCCCAACGCCACUCUUGUGUUUGAGAUUGAGCUGUUGAGCCUCAGAGGGGAGGAGCUUACAGAGGAUGGUGGAAUCAUUAGGAGAAUAAAGGUCAAAGGUGAAGGCUAUAACAAUCCGAAUGAAGGAGCCACAGUCAAUGUACAUUUGAAGGGGUGGUGCGGAGGUCGUUUAUUUGAGUCUCGAGAUAUCACCUUUGUGGUGAGUGAAUCAGAGGAUGUGGGUGUUCCUUUAGGAGUGGACAGGGCCAUGGAGAAAAUGCAAAAGGGGGAAUGCUGUUUAUUAUACCUAAAACCCAAGUAUGGUUAUGGCAAAGAGGGUAAGACAGAAUAUGACAUCGGAUCAAAUGCAGAACUGCUGUAUGAGGUGACACUUAAAGACUUUGUAAAGGCUAAAGAAUUCUGGGAAAUGGACCUUAAAGAGAAACUUGAGCGUGCUGUUUUUGUCAAACAAAAAGGCACCGAGUAUUUCAAGGCGGGACGAUACAACCAUGCUGUAAUUCAGUACCAACGGAUUGUGACCUGGUUAGAGAUGGAGUGCGGGGCAGGAAAGGAGCAGCUGCAAGCCAUUCAGGCUCUCCUUUUAGUGGCCCAUUUAAAUCUGGCCCUCUGCUACCUGCGCUUGCGCGAGUACUCUCAAACCGUGGAGAACUGUGACAAGGUGAUGGAGCUGGACCCAGAGAAUGAGAAAGCUCUGUAUCGGCGUGGUGAAGCACGUCUAUUGCGGAAUGAGUUCAGCCUGGCCCUUGGAGACUUCAGGCAAGUUCUGCAAGUCAACUCCUUCAACCGCGCUGCCCGGAGCCAGAUCGUCAUAUGCCAGCGCAAGAUUCGGGAGCACCAUGAGCGUGAUAAGAAGGUCUAUGCAAAUAUGUUCCAGAGGUUUGCUGAACACGAUGCCAAGGUGGUCAAAUUAAAAAGGAAGAAAGAAGACAGUGGACUUUCAGAUCAAAAUAAGCAGGGCCUAAAGAGACCUCGUCUAAGUCAGGAUUGCUCCUAAAGUUUAGGAUGCUUCCUGGUGGCUCCAAGUAAGGAGGUCAGGGCUGGGGGAUGGCAGGUCUUUCCUCAUUUGUGCCAUGAGAGAGGCAGUCUGUAGAGGCAUGGAUGAGCCCUCUAUAAACCUUGACCUCUUCAACUCUCGGGAUUCCAAUAAAGGUUUAUGGACACAAAGGUAAUGCAAACCUAAAUGGCAUUCCUACAUAAACAAUAAAAAUAAAACCAAAGCGCACAAUUCUUUGACCACAGGUAAACCUUGACCGUACAAGCCUUGGCUUCAAGAAAGGCAUUCAUCAGCUGCAUUAUGGUUUGAUAUUAUACUGCAUUAUAAACUUGAAUACAACCUAGUACCUUACCAUGUACUGUACAGUAUUCAAUGUAAGUUGCUUGACCCUGCAUAAUCAGAUUAGCAGUUUAAAUUUGCAGUGGUGAGGUGUUUACUGGAGAAUUGAUGUUCUUUUGUAUUAUACAGUAUUUGUAUAAGUGUGUAUGAUAUUUAGAUGCAAGUCACCCUACUGAAUAGCUGGACUUAGAAGUGCAAUCCUACCGCUGGGAAAAUCUAUUUCGCGACUCUUCCAGAUGAAUCCUGGGAGGUUAAAAGUCGCAGCAGCCCCCAAUGCUUUUGAAAGAUAGGACUAUUUCUAAUAACAGUCCUCUUGAAACCCACUUGUUUAUUUGAUUGAAUACUAACUUGUGGGGUUUGCAUGAUUUUCACAUUGUUCCCCAUGUUUUAGACGGUUGAAAUAGUAAUAAUAAUAAUAAAAAAAUUGUUUAACAA